GUGGAGGAGCCGCCGCGCAGCCGAGCACCCCGGGUCCGAGCAGCGGCUCUCCCCAGCCGGCUUUCCCUUUCUUCUAACUUUCCGCCCCUUUCUCUGUCACUCGGGUUGCCACACCUGAUCCUCUCUGGGUUCUUGGUUCCCAGAGCUCGGGAAGCGGCCACUGCUGUUUCCCAGCCGCGUCCUCAGCUCCCGCCCGCGCCUUGCCCCCGGGAAGGAGGGACGCCCCGCGCAGCCUCUGCGACUCGGGCAGGAAAACUUUUGAAGCAGCGUCUUACAACAUGCGUUGUGGACCACGACCCUGGGCACUUGUGGUACUCAUGUUUAAGAGCACCUUAGAAAUCUGUAGGAUACAUUCUAACAUCAAUGCUGUUGAAGGGGAACCUUUCUAUCUGAAAUAUUGCUCAUAUUUAUCUGAGCAUAAGAAUGAAACAGCCCCCCCCAAAUGGUACAGAAAUGUGUCACACGGACCCAUGGAGCUGAGCUCACACAGUUCGCCCAGGAUUACUCUGCAUGAUUACGUUCUGGAGUUUUGGCCGGUGGAGCUGGAUGACAGCGGACCUUACUUUCUCCAGUUGGGACAUCAUACUCAUGAAUGGAAAUUAAAUGUCAUCAGAAGGAGUAAAGACAGCUGUUAUGCUGAAAAACAAGUAACUAGCAAAACUGUGGAAGUUGGGAAAACUUUGCUGGUUCGUUGUGAAGAUAGCUACUAUCAAAAACUGGUGAACAGAACAUCCUUGUAUAAGAACUGUAAAGAGAUGAAUGAUACAAGCUCAUCAUUAAAGAAGAAUGCAGAGUUUAAAGAUCAGGGAUAUUACACCUGUAUGUUUAUCAUUCAUCGUAAUGGAAAACCAUUUACAGUCACCAAAACCUACAAUAUAACAAUAGUUGAAGGUCAUAGUAAUGUAGUUCCAGCUAUUCUUGGAGAAGAUCUUAACCAUGUUGGAGUGGAAUUAGGAAAAGAUGUGGAGCUCAACUGCUCUGCUGUGCUGAAUGAAAAGGGCCUCAUCUACUGGGACAUCCAUAAUGACAGUGGAAAUGCACAUGAAGAGAAAGAAACAAGACACAAGAGUUCCAAAGGCAAAUGGUCUGUUUCAAGAAUAUUGAAAAUUGAGAAUAUUAAUGAAAAAAAUCUCAAUGUUUUUUAUAAUUGCACCGUGUUCAGCGAGAAAGGCAUAGACACCAAAAGCUUCAUUUUGUUGAAAAAAGACCAUCCCGAUAUCCCAGGCCAUGUCUUCACGAGAGGAAUGAUCAUAGCAAUUUGGCUCUCUGGGGCAGUUGUGUGCCUAGUGAUUGUGGGUGUCAUUUACAGAGUUGACUUGGCUCUAUUUUAUAGACGUUUCAUGGGAAGAGAUGAAACGUUAACAGAUGGAAAGACAUAUGAUGCUUUUGUGUCUUACCUGAAAGAAUGUCAACCUGAGAAUGGAGAGGAGCACAGCUUCGCCGUGGAGACGUUGCCCAGGGUGUUGGAGGGACGCUUCGGGUACAAGUUAUGCAUCUUUGAGAGGGAUGUAGUACCUGGAGGAGCGGUGGUUGACGAAAUCCAUUCACUGAUAGAGCAGAGCCGAAGACUGAUCGUCGUCCUCAGCAAGAGUUACAUGUCUAAUAAAGUCAGGUAUGAACUUGAAAGUGGACUCCAUGAAGCACUGGUGGAAAGGAAAAUUAAAAUAAUCUUAAUUGAAUUUACACCCGUCAAUGACUUCACAUUCUUGCCUCAAUCACUAAAGCUUUUGAAAUCUCACAGAGUUCUGAAGUGGCAGGCUGAUAAAUCUCGCUCUUAUAACUCAAGGUUCUGGAAAAAUCUUCUUUAUCUGAUGCCUGCAAAAACUGUCAACCCAUACAGAGAAGAAUCCAAAGUCUUGCCUCUACUCCCACAUUGCUGACCUUUAGAACAGCUGAGUGUAAGGAAGAACUCCCGACGCUCCGGAGACUGAGUGGAUGAGCUGUUUAUAACCAAGGGCAAUGUUCAAAACCUUUCCUUCUCCGAAAGGCCUACCCCCAGUCCAAAGAUGAAACAUCAUUAGGUUGCCAGGGAUAAGACUGAUCGCUGCGCUGUGGGGUGUGGUCCCAGAAGCCCCUGGGACUUUAAAGAAAUGGGUCUCCUCUUUCUCCUUCAUAACUGGAUGUUGAGGCUGGGAAUUACGCAAGAUAACAUGUGCCUCACCAAAAGGACACAUCUUUAGGAGUUUAACCUAACAACUGAAUGAAAGGAUUCCAAGUUUAUGAAGUGGCACUUUCAAUGAGCCAGUAAAUGACGUGGUACCUGGCAUGGCCUUCGCCCUGACCUCCCACCUGCCUCCAAGCACCCGCCCAGAACCAGGGAGGGUGGCUGCUGGCAGGCGGGCUGCGUGCAGAGCAGGGAGAGGCGUGGCCUGUGUGGCAGGGCAGGCGGGCUGCGUGCGCAGUGGACCGCACCAGGCAGCAGGCCCGUGGCUCUGGGAACCCUGCGAGCCCUGCGCUCGCAUGCUUAAUUGGGCCGAUUUGUGGGACUUCUUAAAAGCAAUCCAAACAACUUUUUAUUCUUCAUGAGAAACACAAAUUUGAAUUCAAAUAAUUCUCUAGAUCUUUCAAAAUUGGUCAAAAAACAUUUAUUGAUUUUACAUAAAUAUUUACACACAGGGUGGGUGCCAGAUCAUAUUAGCUAUUAAGCAAUGAAAAACAUGAUUGUUACUUGAUUUUUUUAAAGCCACGUAUUUACAAUGCCUGUUGGAGGAAGCAGCAGGGCACCCCAGUUUAGUUUGAGCUGUGCAGCCCAGAUACUUGAGCUCAGAUCCCAGCUUUGCUACUUACUUCUGUGACCUCUGGGACCUUUCUACCUGACAUGUGCCUCAGUUUCCUCACCAGUAAAAUUAGAAUUUAUAACUAUACCCACUUCACAGGGGUACUAAGUGAAUAAGAAAAGUACCCACAACAGUUUUUGGCCCAGACUUAACAUUCUGUGUUGUUUACUAUUAUUACUGUUAAUUAUGACUUACAUAAAUGUUGUUGUUGUCGUUUUUUUAUUCUCACCCGAGGACAUUUUUUCCAUUUUUUAUUCAGAUAGAGCGGGAGUGAGAGAGGAA